CCCAUGGUACGCAAGCAGCGCCGUAGCCGUACGGCCUUCACGCAGCAGCAAUUGUCGGCGCUGGAGCGCAGCUUCGCUCGGGCACCCUACCCGGACGUGUGGACGCGUGAGAGUCUCGCGCUCACCACCAACCUACCCGAGGCACGCAUUCAGGUCUGGUUCAAGAACCGGAGGGCUAAGCAUCGCAAGACGCAGAAGCAGCUGGGCUCCGUGAGCGCAGUCAGCAGUGCAAAAACCGCCGCUGAGGUCGGCAGACACGAAGUAGAAGAAACGUUCGACGGUUUCCGUCCGACCAAAGGGCACCCAGCUUCGAAAGUCCACACAAAUGAGUCUACGGUGGCAGGAGAGAACUUGCAAGAUACGCCAAGCGACGACCUAAGGCGCGUCCAGCAACAACGUCGAGGGGAAGCACCUUUGGCCUCUUGCGUCACUCAUCGGCAUCCAAUCACGGUGGACGAUGCGGCGUGCAGGUCGUGGCUAAGCUCGCGGCCGCUGCUUCACGAAGAGCGAGCGUCGGCGUCCUUGCGAAUGGCCAUGGGCGGCGACGAUACGCUCCAGCCACUGCACUGUCCGCCGAUGAGAGGAGGCGUCCGGUCUGCGGCUGAAUACUCGACGCCACCGCCCAGUGUUUCCGACGCAGCAGCCAUGCUAGGCUGUGCAGCGAGCCCCGAACAGCAGUGCUGGCCCGGAUUUGCCUCAUCGACGGUGUACGUGGACGCGGCGCGAGCUCGCCAGACGGCUUGCGCCUUCUCGGCGAAGCUGGCGCACUGGUCAGAUUACUCGAGGAGAACGAGAGCGUCCCACGAGCCGACGUAA